AUGUUGCACGACGCCUGUUUGACUAUCUGGCAUGCCACCAAAUGGACCGCGCGGACGAUCAAGAAUGCACCGCUAUGGAAACACUUCCGGUGGUCGAAGAAGCAGUUCUACGCCUCUCUCCUCUUGCUCAGCUGGGUCAUCCUGCCAGUAUUUGCAGCGGGUACGGUGACACCGAUAAGUCACAUUUUCGCAGACAAGACUUUGUCAUGCGGAAACACCAUCGGCGGAGACCCUCAGAAUGCAACGGUGACGGGAAUAGAGAAACUCUUUACGCUGGACGCUACGUGGGGCCAAUUCACCUUCUCACAGGCCAAGACGAUAGACAUUCUCUGGGACUUGCUUAUCGGGAAAGGCGCACAGGCAUUGGCGUGGUGGGCCGCGUACAAUGUGUUCUGCGACGCGUUACUACGCGCGAUCGAACGACAUCCGGCGAGCUUUAGCAUUUUUCAGAGGAUUGCUAUGGAAGGGCCCGGAUUGCACUGUCUAUGGGCGUUGACGAAAGAGCUAUGGACCGCGAAGAGUAUACGGACGCGAUUUUUGUUCUUCUACAUGUUUUGGUCGACGGGUUACGUGCUUCUUGUACCCAUUGUCCUCGGCGCCAUGACAGGUUACGACAGCACUUCUAUCGCAUGGCUCGAUAUCGACGGGUCGAACAACAUCAUCCCCGCUUCCCAAUUAUCAACUACGUGGGUUAUCCUGGGCACCAAGAACGAGACGUGGAAGCAACCAGGUUGUGCGGACUACGAAUUGCAGAGUGAUUAUGGCUACAUUACGGAUAAGAGACGGCAAAGUUGUGACUGCAAAUUCGCCAACGGCACCACUGUAACCGCCGCCGAACAAAGAGACCUCUGGCAACACACCUCGUUUAAUCAAUACGACGAUCUUUUGUUCAAUUGCACCUUCGACUUCCCCAACAACACACAGACCUGGACGGAACAAAAGGUCUACAAUCAAGACUCGAUCACUCAUCUCUGCAACACCAGCGUCUCCGUCCCUGUCGGUGGCAAAACGUACAACGCCGACGACCUAGUCGGAGACUACGGGUACUGCUACAAUGGAAUUGGGUAUCAGUACUACUCGCUCAUCGGGAAAAGCCGCUGUCUCCCCGAUACUGCCAACCCGACCUACCAAUGGGGUUUCUCGACACUCAUGGCUGGUUUGUUCAUGUUUGUAACGAGUGCCUGGGUUUUGAGUAUGUACGUGCUGUGGCAGGACGCGCAGUUCAAUUCUACGCUUGUUAAGGAGGGAUACAGACUUACGCCGUUGCGCGCGGCGUUUGCGAUGGCGGUCGCGGCGAGGAGGCGCACGGGGUUGAGUGGGAAAGAUCUUAUCAGCGCGAAGAAUAGGGCGCUGGGGAGGCAGUUGUAUGGCAAGAAAGGGACGAGAGGCACGGUUGUGGAACAUGGACUCUUUUUGCAGGACCUCGAAGAUACGGAUACGGAUGGUGAUGGCGGCGGCAAGUCGCCCAUGUCACCAACACCACUGUUAUCCACGCCAACUCCUACGUUUGCGACGGCGGGCAAGGAGAAAGCGUGGAUGACUUCUCCGACUGAAGACGUGGAUAUGGAGAUUAGGCCGCUGGCAAGGUCCGACACUGAUCUUUCGGUUCACGUACUCAGCGACGAGGAAUUGCGCAAGAGGUACCUGAGAGGUGUGGAGGAGGCGAGGCUGAGUCGCAAGCCGCUUAGUCGGGAAGCGACGCUUGUCGGGCAGGGAAUGUGGGAACGAAACCGCAGUGACGAGAGGCGGGAUCGAGACGAUGAACCGAGUCCUUCAGACGACGGAUAUCCAAAAGAGAAAGAAGACAAGGCUGCGGACACAUCGAAUGAUACAAGAGAAGGGAAGAGCGGGAAGGUUGGACGUUGGAGGAAUCGGCUGAAGAAGGUCGGACGACCUGGUUGA